CCUCCACUACUUUUUCUCUAGAUGUGCAGUUCAGAUGUACACUUUUUCUCUAGUGUGUUUUCUAAUGAAUGAAAGUUUUAUUAUAAUUUUAUUAUUAUAAUAGACUAUAUAGGGUCUGUUUUGACGACAUUCAACCAUAAUAUAUUAUGAUUCAAUCAAAUUUCAAACUAGGAAUAAUAUCUAUAAAACAUACAAUUAUACAUCACAACAGUUUUUAGGCACUAAUAAAAAUGUUUAUAUUACGAAACAACCCGUUGAAAAUGGCUGAUAACUACACCGCGGUCCUAUAUGCACCAUACGACGUAAGAAUUGAAGACUUGCCGAUACCUGAUAUUGGCGAAGAUGAAGUGUUAAUCGAGAUGCAUAGCAUCGGCAUUUGUGGAUCCGAUGUUAAAUUGUACACCACCGGUAUCUGCGGAGCAGAAAUGGUCAAAGACCCCAUGGUACUCGGGCACGAGGGCGCUGGCGUAGUUGUCAAGGUUGGUAAGGCAGUGAAAUCGUUGGCGGUGGGUGACCGCGUGUCUAUAGAACCGACGCAGCCCUGCCGCGCGUGCCAGUACUGCAAGCUAGGACGGUACAACCUGUGUGUGAAGCCACACUACUGCUCCACAAUGACCGCUCCGGGCAAUCUCUGUCGCUACUACAAACACGUUGCAGAUUUCUGCCAUAAGAUGCCGGACGACAUGAGCAUGGACGAAGGUGCAGCUGUGCAGCCUCUAGCUAUCGCCAUGCAUGCGUGCAACCGCGCCGGCAUCUGCCUCGGACAGACGGUGACAAUCCUCGGCGCGGGGCCCAUUGGAAUCCUCUGCGCCAUGACCGCCCGGGCCAUGGGAGCCAGCAAGAUACUCAUUACUGACGUCAUGCAGUCUAGACUGGAUACAGCUCGGGAGCUGGGGGCUGACUGCACAGUGCUGAUCGAGAGAGAGGCCCCCGACCAGGACGUAGUGGACGACAUCGUAGCACAGCUGGGCAGCCCGCCUGACGUCACCAUCGAUGCUUGUGGAUACGCCUCGGCGCAGAGGAUUGCUAUGAUGGUGACCAAGACAGGGGGUGUGGUGCUAGUGGUGGGGAUAGGGGCCACCAAAGUGGAGGUGCCGCUGACGCAGGCGCUGCUGCGGGAGGUCGACAUACGAGGGUCCUUCAGGAUUGCUAAUACGUAUCCACCAGCGAUAGCGGCUGUAUCGAGUGGUGCGAUCCCGCUUAAGAAGUUUAUCACACAUCAUUACCCGCUUCAGAAGACAAAAGAAGCGCUCGAGCUAGCCAAGUCCGGUGACGCUAUGAAAAUCAUUAUACAUAUAUAGGACUGUGCAGAAGUUUCCCUAAUAUACACGCAAAGUUUACGCUAUAGAUGGCAGCACAGUGUUUCAUCACAAAACUUUUAUAUCGAACUCUGGAUUUCAGUCAUUUUGACUACACUACUUAGUUAUCAUAUCCAUGUAAGAUUGUAAGCCAGUAUAGAAAUCCGUACAUGAGACAAGUUUUUUGAACUCAAUACAAAAAAAAACUUAAGUUAUAAAACAUAAGAACAUUUAUUUACAAUAACAGACAAAUUGAAUUUAAUUACAAGAUAAUUUACUUAAUAACUGCAUUUCUUUGUAAUUGAUGUAAUGGAUAAACGUGAAUUGAAUUAUAAUCACUUUGAACAAGAACAGCAAAA